AACACUUAGUCAAGCUUUGGCAGACAGCUGCGUAUCUUUAACUUGGUCAAAAAGGAGGAAGUUCUCUAGAUAACUCACCACUUUGGAGCCACCACGCCUCCUUGGGCCUCCUCUUCAAUUUCAUCUGGGAGCAUGCGGAGCCAUGUAAAUGCACUGGGACAUUUCUUCUUCUGUCACAUCAGAGGCUCGCAUCCCUUCAUCUCGAAGCCAAACCACGAUGUGGAGAAAAAGGGUUUUUUUGCUCCUUUUCUCUCUUUCAACUCUAAAAGCAGAACUGAAUUCUGAGCAAAUGGAAAAAACAAACAAACUCACCUCUCCAAUUUUGAACUCAGAAACGAACAUAGUCAUGAAGGGUCAAAAUGUAUCUAUAAUUUGUUCCAGCCAGAGCAAAUUAUCGCCAAUCACCUAUUCUCUGUUUCGGGAUAAAAACUGCAUCGGAACACAGGACAGCAAAGGUGAACACGUGACUUUUAACCUGCGCAUCUCAGAAGCCAGCGAUUUGGGGCCUUACAAAUGUAAAGCGCAAGUUCCCAGCUGUAUAAGACCCAACUGUACAAGAUACAGUCAUGAGUUCAACUUCACGUUGGUUGACCCAGUGACCACUCCAGUGCUGAACAUUACGAGAAAAGCCAGCCAUUAUGUAACGCUACACUGCAUCUCGUUCAAUGGCUCCCUGCCCAUCAAUUACACUUUCUUUGAAAACAACAUCACCAUAUCACGAGUUAUUAUCAAGAAUGUAAGGGAGCCUGCUGAACUUAACUUAACCAAGAACCCUGUAGGAGUGGAGAAGUACAAAUGUAAAGCUGAAAACAGACUGCCUCGCCACGUGAAAUACAGUAGUGCCAUCACCAUAACCUCAAAAGGAGAGGGGAGCUGUCCAUUCUGCCUGCAGCUACUGCUUCCCGUGUCAUUACUGGUACUCUUCGUGACAAUCCUAAUUCUGGCAUUUUGGACACUGUCAAAGUACAAAGCAAGAAAAGCUCGGAGAGAUAAGGCACCCAAAGACUAUGGCAACACACCCAUGGAAGUUGGACUAUAUGCAAAUGUCUGUGAAAAUCCAGGAGACAAGGAGUCUGCGCCAGGCUUGGAACGAAGGCAGUGUGUUUCCACAGCCCAAGAUGAAACCAAAUCCUCACAGGAGAUACAUUAUGCCACCCCCUUGUUCCAGAAGGUGACACCACAAAAUCACGAAGCCUGUAAUAAAGGUAAAACUGAGUACAUCUAUUCUGAAAUCAUCUUGUGAAACAAAGAUACAAACUACAUCUCAGGUUCUGGAGGCCAGAAGUCCAAAAUCAAGGAGUCAGCAGGACACACUCUCUCCAAAGGCUCUAGGGGAGAACCCCUACUUGCCUCUCCCAGUUUCUGGUGGUUCCUGGAGCUUCUUGGCUUGUGGCAGAAUCACUCCAAUCUGUCCUGGUCUUCCCGGGGCCUUCUCUUCCUCUGCCGUUCUCAUCCUGAUCACAAGACGCUGGUUUAGGAACCAGCCAGAUAAUCCAGGAUGACUUCAUCUCAAGAUCCUUCACCUAAUUCCAUCUGUAAAGACCCUUUUUCCAAAUAAGGUGACAUCCACAGGUUCCAGGAGUUAGGAUUUGGACGUAUGUUUUGGGGAAGUCACCAUUUAACCCUCUACGGGGGACAAAUGAGAAAUCAUACCUAUGUCAAGGACCUACUGUGAGAGUUAAUUCAGGUGACAAAUGUAAAGGGCUUGGAAUAGGGCCAGCAUAUAAUAAGAACUCAAAGCUAGCUAGCUAUUUGUGCUGUGAUGAUGCCUACUCUGAGUCAUACUGAUUGGCUGCUCCCCUGAGAAACCGUGAAGUCUUUGAAGUCAUGAACUUGGUGAUCUGGGCCACCAUUGGCUUUUUCAUCUUAACCUAAGCUCCUUCCUGAAGCAGAGCUGAGACAAGGAUUGGGUGCAGGUCAUUUACAUGGGAGGUGAUCCCAGGGAGCAGGAGGACCCAGUGCCAGUGAAACAGAAAUCAGAAGCCAACACAAAGGGUGGGGAGGGGUCAGCAAAUGAGUGACCCUACUGGUAACUGGAUUUGCUCCUGUAAAGGCCUUCCAAGGGCCUGAGGUCCAGAACACUGCUAAUUUUCACAGCAAGCCCUCCAUCGACAGUCCCUCAUUGUCUCCUUGCAAACCUUCUAAAGCAGUUAGUAAAAGCCAAUGAAAGCCAUAAUCCACAUGAUUACCAUUGUCCCCUAUCUUCCAAGUGCUAGAACUAGUCCAUAACCUAGUGCUCGCUACCUAGCUCUGUGGUGCGAAGUCUUAGUAAUUGUGAGGCUACAGUGUGCAAGGGUUUUCACUAACCCCCUUGCCACCAGCAGGAGAGUCCUUGUCAUCCACCCAGGGAAUAAUUCCCUUUCCCAGGGCUGCUUUCUAGGACCUUCUAAUACCCUGUCUUAUCCUGGGCUAGCCCUGAAAACAAGAGCCUGAGAUAAAGCCUUUCAUGCACAUAAUUUAUUUGGAGGUUACGGGGGCGGGGGAACAGGCAUGAGGGACUGGAGGAAAAGCCAGUACAAGGAUGUACUGUUGAGUUGAGCAAUGCUCUGAGUAAUCAGGACUUGAUCCCACUGAAACCUGCUGAGGAGGGAAAACACCAUCUCCCAGAACUGUCCACUUGAGGAUGAUAGUGAGAAACGUUUAUCCAUCGGCUGAAGGCCGCCCCACCCCCACUUCUGAGCUGUGCAUGUGGUCAUUCCAAGCGGGCUUCCAUUAGCGCCUCCCUCACCCAGGGCACUGAAAAGCCCCAGGACAGAAAAUGAGUGAUAUGUGUUGUACCCUUGCAGCACAAACUAUCCACAUGAAGUGUGUGAAGCUGCAGAUGCAGUGGGAAUCAGAGGUGAGGCCCAGGGGAUGUGACACAGGACACAGGUGGCUAGUAUGCUCUCUCAACAUUUCCUUUUUAACAACUAUAGCAACGACAAUAACUAUCAUGUGUUGAGCACGUACCAGGUUCCAGGUACUUUUCAGUGAUUUGUGCAAUUAUCCUUAUAUAGUGCUCGCAACUACCUCUGCACCCAGCUCCGCCUCACCCCUGCACAGACACCCAGUGUCUACCCCCCACCCCUGCCCUAGCUUUUGCAUUGAAUUGUUUAGGAAGGGAAGAAGAAAAGGAAUAUCUAUUUUUUUUCAUGUCUAGAAGUUUUACUUUGGUUCUUUUUCAAAUCCACCUAUUACUUUAAACAUUUUUUGUUGUGAAAUGGCACACACAUUAUAUGGAAAUACGUAAAAAUAUGCAUGUGGUUUAAUAAAGUUUAUCAGGUGAGCACUGGUGAUGGAAUGCCAUCAGCAGCCCAGAAACCACCUGCAGGCCCCUUCCCACCCACAACCCAUCUCCCCAACUUUAUGCCUCUUUUAUGGGACAUCUGGGUGGCUACUAGUUUGGAGCUAUUGCAAAUAAUGGGGCUACGACUAUCCUUAUGCUAGGGACCUGGUUCCCAUGUGCAUGCAGUUAUGUUGAACAUGCACAGGUCCGUGGGGUAUGUUUAUCUCCAGUCUCACUAGACAAGGCCACCGUUUUCCACAGCAGUCCUGCGUUGCCUCUUAAAGCAUUCUAGGAUCUGGGAUGACGAGUACAAGCCCAGAAGGCUGAGGUCCCUAAGACAAGGUGCCUGAAUAAAAGGACCCGUGGGUAGGACUGAGAUUUUUUU